AGGAGCUGUUUCAAAACGAGGCACCCACUCGGAGAGUAAAGGUGCUGCUCAGUGCAACAGAAGCUGGUCUCAUGUCAACUAAUGGCUCAGAGGAGACGAAGAAAGUAAAACAUUUAUUUAUUCACCUGUCGGAAAAGACUUGCGCGGUCACCUCCAACUUAUUAUUUUAACACCAGGACACAGUGCGCAGCAGCUACACCCCGGGGCUGAAACUUAGCACUCACUAUGUCUGAUGGGGACUAUGAUUACCUCAUCAAAUUCCUAGCCCUCGGUGACUCCGGAGUGGGAAAAACUAGCUUCCUCUACCAAUACACAGAUUCCAAGUUUAACUCAAAGUUCAUCACUACAGUGGGAAUAGACUUCAGAGAAAAGAGAGUGGUAUACAAAUCGACGGGUUCAGAUGGAUCUUCAGGUAAAGGACAGAAGAUUCACAUGCAGCUGUGGGACACGGCAGGACAGGAGAGGUUUCGGAGUUUGACGACUGCGUUCUUUAGAGAUGCGAUGGGUUUUCUUCUUCUUUUUGACCUCACAAAUGAGCAAAGUUUCCUCAACGUCAGAAACUGGAUGAGCCAGUUGCAGGUUCAUGCCUACUGUGAAAGCCCGGACGUCGUACUGUGUGGGAACAAAUGUGACCUGACGGAUCAGAGAGCAGUCACUGAAGACGAGGCCCGUGAGCUGGCAGAGAAGUACGGAAUACCAUACUUUGAGACGAGUGCUGCCAACGGGCAGAACGUGAACCAGGCCGUGGACGUCCUGCUGGAUCUUAUUAUGAAGAGGAUGGAACGAUGUGUUGACAAGUCCUGGAUCCCCGAUGGGACUGUCCGAGUUAAUGGACCCACCAACCCAGACCUCUCAGAGGCCCCUGAAAGGAGCAAAUGUGCAUGUUAGAACGAAGGCUGAACCACUUUGGUCACUUAUCUGUGCCCAUAAUAUUGGUCAAAAAUAGGAAGUAAUCCAAGUUGAAGUAUAUAAAUAAAUAAAUACAUUAUGUAAUGUAAUAUUUGUAUUCCAAGUAAGGUGGAAUUUGAUAAUAAUUGUUUCCUUUAUCCCACAAACCAGUUCAUUACUCAUGUCCCUUCAGUGAGAUGCUGUUUUACAUUUUCGGAGGUAAAUGUCUUUUUAUGAGGGCAUUUCAGUUCAGUUCAGUACAAUAGUUUAUAGGAUCAGUCUUCUGAGAAUUUGUUAUUUUGAAAGCGUGGGGUAUUUAUUUCUUGUUGUGCCUUGAUUAAAAGUCCAACUUAGGUCAUCAGCUCUUUAUGCUGAUCAUACUUUUCCGGCAUGAACUUUCUGCUUGAAGCAGGAAGUGAGCUGCCCUGCCAGAUGUGCUUUAAAUAUAAUGAUAAUUCAUAUUUCACUCACUGUAAAGUAAGCAUAGAUUCACACUGUAAUUAGGAAAGGAGCCACCUCUAUUAUUCCUUCCAUAGUCAGAUUAUUUUAGGCUGUGUUACCUGCAGUCAUCUCUGUUGUUUGUAUGGUAGUUACUUCAGGGUUACUUUUAACAACUUUUAGGUAACUAGAGUCGUACUACUGAUGCUUUACUGAAUGUCCAGCUGCAAUUUCAUCAGUGCCAUAACCAGAUGUCUUUCUGCUCACAUUGGCCAUCUAACCUUAGCCUGAUUAACUUUCACAACUUACGUAUUUUCUUUUAGAUUGUUGAUUCUUGUUUCCUCCAAAAUGUGUUUUAUAAAAUUCAGUGAAACAAAGUUAUCUAUACUUCAUUAUGAACAGCGACAGGUUUUCAGUAAUGAAAGCAUUGCUCCUCCAAGAAAUAAUCAUUUCAUAAAGCAGUAAAAAAUGUGCAUUCAUUCAGCAGGAUGGUUAUUUUUGAAAUUCAAAUGAUUUAUAAAUACACAAUCUUACUUGAGAUGUUCUGUCACUAGACUUCAAUUCAACUUGGGGACAGUUUUGUUGUGUGUAGGGGACACACUUCAAAUAUAUAUAUUUAAUUGAAGUAUAUAUAUGUAUAUACAUAGUUUAUAAAAGCUACCUCGCAAUCAAAUUCACUCAAAUUCAAACAAGUAUUUUCUGAUGUCUGAUAGAAAUACUAUUCAGAAGGCUGAGAGCUGUUAGAGUUAUUAAGAGUGGUAAUCAUUUUGUUGAAUCGGCAAUACAAAUUUUUGCAAACUAUUAAGCCCAAAUUUUCUUAUUGGUAUAUUUUUAAAGCAAGACAUGAAGAUUCUAAAUCUUCUUCAGUCACAUCGGUUUAUUAUAAUAUUUAUUAUAAUAUUAUAAUAUUUAUUAUAAUAAGGGUCUUUACACUGUUAGUGAAACACUGGAAUUGUAUUGGGAGAUUUUUGUCACAGCUGUAAAGGUUCCAAAAAAACCACAUGAUUUGUUUUACACCGUCAUUCUCCCAUAUUUUCCCAUUCACUGUCUCAUCUACAUAUAUGUGAAAAGCUAUCACUAAAAUUACAUUUGAUUAUAUUAGCAAGACUACACGAUAUGUUUCUUGUUUUAAAAUUGUGCCAUAUAGUUUCAUAUACAUAAUAUGUAAAUGAUGUCCAAAAAUAAACAUUUUUAUUUAUGUA